CCUGCCGCUGCUACGUUACCUCCUGGGCUUCGGCAGCCGUCGAAGCCUGGGCCGGGCUCAGGGUGCUGCAGCGUGGCCUGUCGGCCGUGGAGCGAGCUGGAGGUGGUUUCAUGGCGCUCAGCCGCUGCAGGAUGCUGUUUAGAACAAGAUGCUUGUCUCCACUGCCUAGAGGGAGCCAGUUGGGAAGACCUCUGAAGUGCUGUGUCCUAUAGUGGAGGAUUUAGCCAGCCCCUGGUGACUCCACAGGAAGCAGGGUGCUGCAGAAGAACUAUACCAACUUCACUCUUCUCUCCCUUCAGUUUCCUGACUGCCCUUUGGCUGAACUCAACUGGAGGUCAAGUGCAAGGAAGCCAGUUUAUGUAAUCCAUUCAGUGUAGUGUGGACAAAGACGAAUGAAGACAGCCCCUACAUCACUGACUUUUUCCCCUCAGCUGUUACACUGCAUUUCUCCCAUCAUUUUAAUGUUUAAACUAGUAACCACUGUAUGACCGGAUCCUAUUAAGAUCCUAAUGCCAUCACUGUCUCCUACAAUGGAACAAGGGAACAUUGUGAAAUGGCUGAAAAAGGAAGGUGAAGCUGUGAGUGCUGGAGACUCAUUAUGUGAAAUUGAGACGGACAAGGCUGUGGUCACCUUAGAUGCAAACGACGAUGGCAUCUUAGCCAAAAUAGUGGUUGAAGAAGGGGCUAAAAAUAUAAAGCUGGGUUCACUCAUUGGCUUGAUGGUUGAAGAAGGAGAAGAUUGGAAACAUGUGGAAAUUCCCAAAGAUGUCGGUGCUCCACCUCCAGUUUCAAAACUACCUCCAGUUUCAAAACCAGCAGUGCCACCUCAGCCCUCUCCACAGCCACAGAUUUCGAGCCCUGCCAGGAAGGAACACACAGAAGGAACACCUCGGUUUCGCUUAAGUCCAGCUGCCCGAAACAUUCUGGAAAAACAUUCAUUGGAUGCCAGCCAGGGCACAGCCACAGGCCCUCGAGGGAUCUUCACUAAAGAAGAUGCGCUCAAGUUAGUUGAGUUGAAACAGAUGGGCAAGAUUACAGAAUCCAGACCAGCCCCUACUCUGUCGGCAUCUGUGCCUCCUCCAGCCACAGGCGGGCCAUCUUACCCUAGGCCAAUGAUCCCACCAGUAUCCAUCCCUGGGCAACCUAAUGCAACGGGCACAUUUACUGAAAUUCCUGCCAGCAACAUUCGGAGAGUUAUUGCCAAGAGGUUAACUGAGUCAAAAAGCACUGUGCCUCAUGCCUAUGCUACUGCUGACUGUGACCUUGGAGCAGUUUUAAAAGUUAGACAAGAUCUGGUCAAAGACGAUGUUAAAGUCUCAGUGAAUGACUUUAUCAUCAGAGCAGCAGCUGUUACUCUUAAACAAAUGCCUGGGGUUAAUGUCAGCUGGGAUGGAGAAGGCCCAAAGCAGCUGCCCUCUGUGGACAUUUCAGUGGCUGUGGCAACUGAUAAAGGUUUAAUUACACCAAUCAUAAAAGAUGCAGCUGCUAAGGGUGUACAGGAGAUCGCUGACUCUGUGAAGGUUCUGUCAAAAAAAGCAAGAGAUGGAAAAUUGUUACCUGAGGAGUACCAAGGAGGAUCUUUUAGUAUUUCCAACUUGGGGAUGUUUGGCAUCGAUGAGUUUGCUGCGGUGAUCAACCCUCCUCAGGCCUGUAUUUUGGCAGUUGGGAGAUUCCGACCAGUGCUGAAGCUCACUGAGGAUGAAGAGGGAAACCCCCAGCUGCGGCAGCACCAGCUUAUAACUGUCACAAUGUCAAGUGACAGCCGAGUGGUUGAUGACGAACUGGCUACCAGGUUUCUUGAAAGUUUCAAAGCAAACCUAGAGAAUCCCAUGAGACUUGCAUAGUCUUCAAAGGCCAGACGUUUACUGAGUAGUUGUUAGCCAGAUAUGCUAUUGGGUAUGAGUAUGAAGUAGGUGAAAUGCUUAUUUAUAUAAGGCGAAAGCUUUUCGCCCAAGCUGUCUUCAUUUUCCCUGUAUGUUUAUUGCAGAAAUGUGUGAUGAUAAACUGUGACUAAUAAAGAACAUUUGGUUAGUCAAAUCCAUUUUUAACUCUGGUGCUGUAUAGAAGGGUAUUAAACUGAUGUAAAUCACGUCCCAUGUUUGGUUCAUUUGAAAUUUUGGAAUAGUAGUGAAUGUAUAAUAUUGUAAAAUUAAAACAAAAUAUAUAGAACUCUACCUUAAUCGUGUUGAAGUUAUGAUUGGGCUUCAAAGAGAUGUCUGUCCAUAUUGGGACCUCUCUUUUUUUUAAUAAGCAGUGCUCUUGAUAUACUUGAACAAUUUAAUAUGUACAGUUAGUUUAUUGUAGAUUAGUAAAUAAGGAUUACAUUUUACUAGGGGUUGUGACAACAUUAUUAAACUUUUGUGUAUAUAAAGUUAGGUGUCUCAGCUAUAUAUAUUUCCAAUCUUAUUUUUUAUGUCUAUGACACUGUGAACUUCUAAAGAAUAAAAUAAAAAUGAAGAAAGAGGAAGAACAAGAGUUGUUUUUUCAGAGACCCUACCUCAUAAAAGUUGGGGGAGUGACUGGGUUUGCAGCAGUCACCUCAAGCAUUUGAAAGACUGAGAAAGGAGGAUAACUCUGAAUUCCGAGCUAGUUUGGCCACACCAUGAGACUCAUCUCACAGAGGGGACUGGAAGAAUUUUUUUCUGUGAAAACCUGCAGUUGAUCUAAACUUUUAGAGUGAACUCUUCCUGCUGAAUUGGAAUAAAUGGAAAUGAAUUAUGUUCUCUCUUA